AUGGAUUCCCAGCGGGAACUUGCAGAGGAACUGCGGCUUUACCAAUCCACCCUUCUUCAGGAUGGUCUAAAAGAUCUCCUGGAUGAGAAAAAAUUCAUCGAUUGCACACUAAAAGCAGGUGACAAAAGUCUUCCUUGCCACAGAUUGAUUUUGUCAGCUUGUAGUCCUUACUUCCGUGAGUAUUUUUUAUCUGAACUUGAUGAGGCAAAAAAAAAGGAGGUAGUACUAGAUAAUGUGGAUCCUGCUGUAUUGGAUUUAAUCAUUAAGUACCUGUACUCUGCCAGUAUUGAUCUCAACGACGGAAAUGUGCAAGAUAUUUUUGCAUUGGCCAGCCGCUUUCAGAUCCCCUCCGUGUUCACUGUCUGCGUUUCAUAUCUUCAGAAAAGACUUGCUCCUGGUAACUGUCUAGCUAUCCUAAGAUUAGGACUUCUUCUUGACUGCCCGAGACUUGCCAUCUCUGCCCGUGAAUUUGUGUCUGAUCGCUUUGUACAGAUUUGUAAGGAAGAGGACUUCAUGCAACUGUCUCCACAGGAGCUGAUCUCAGUCAUUUCCAAUGACAGCCUAAAUGUAGAAAAGGAAGAAGCGGUAUUUGAGGCAGUGAUGAAAUGGGUGCGAACAGACAAAGAAAACAGGGUUAAAAACCUUAGCGAAGUGUUUGAUUGUAUCCGUUUUCGCCUUAUGACAGAAAAAUAUUUUAAAGAUCAUGUUGAGAAAGAUGAUAUAAUUAAAAGCAACCCAGAACUCCAGAAAAAAAUCAAAGUUCUCAAAGAUGCCUUUGCAGGCAAACUCCCAGAACCUAGCAAAAACACAGAGAAGGCUGGGGCUAGUGAGGUGAAUGGUGAUGUUGGUGAUGAAGAUUUACUUCCUGGUUACCUGAACGAUAUUCCCAGGCAUGGAAUGUUUGUCAAAGACCUCAUCCUCUUGGUUAAUGACACAGCUGCAGUGGCUUAUGAUCCCACGGAAAAUGAAUGCUACCUUACUGCACUGGCUGAGCAGAUCCCCAGAAAUCAUUCCAGCAUCGUUACCCAGCAAAAUCAGGUGUACGUGGUAGGAGGCCUCUAUGUGGAUGAAGAAAAUAAAGAUCAACCUCUACAGUCGUACUUCUUCCAGCUUGAUAACGUAGCAUCUGAGUGGGUUGGACUUCCACCUCUGCCUUCAGCCAGGUGUCUCUUCGGUCUGGGAGAAGUAGAUGACAAAAUCUAUGUAGUUGCAGGCAAAGACCUUCAAACAGAGGCUUCGCUGGAUUCAGUAUUGUGCUAUGAUCCUGUGGUGGCCAAAUGGAAUGAAGUUAAAAAACUUCCUAUCAAAGUCUAUGGCCAUAGUGUGAUUUCACAUAAGGGGAUGAUAUAUUGUCUCGGAGGAAAGACAGAUGACAAAAAGUGUACAAACAGGGUGUUUACCUACAACCCCAAAAGAGGAGACUGGAGAGAUCUGGCUCCAAUGAAAACCCCUCGUUCCAUGUUUGGAGUGGCAGUCCAUAAAGGCAAAAUUGUGAUUGCUGGAGGCGUCACUGAAGAUGGUCUUUCAGCUUCAAUUGAAGCUUUUGACCUCACCACCAAUAAGUGGGAAGUAAUGACUGAAUUUCCCCAAGAAAGAAGUUCCAUCAGUUUGGUCAGCCUGGCUGGAUCCCUGUAUGCCAUUGGUGGUUUUGCCAUGAUUCAGCUGGAGUCUAAAGAAUUUGCACCCACUGAAGUCAAUGACAUAUGGAAGUAUGAAGAUGAUAAAAAAGAAUGGGCUGGAAUGUUGAAAGAAAUACGUUAUGCUUCAGGAGCUAGUUGCCUAGCAACACGGUUAAAUCUCUUCAAACUGUCUAAGCUAUAA